UCGAAUAAUUGUGAUUUGUUAAGGUCAAUAGAGUGAAGCUCGAUCUUGUGUGUGGAAUUCGGUCUCUGCUGGUUCUCCUAACCGUCUUCUGCACUCAGCCGGAGCUUCAACUCUGAUUCAUCUCAGUCUUCCUCUGAAUCGCCUGCUUGUUCCAUGGCAAGUGAAGCUCCUCCGUCAUCGGCGGCCGUCGACGGCGGCGCUGCUCUUAAACCUCCUCCUUCUGCAACUUCUUCCGCUGACAUUGCAGCUUCCGCUUCUUCGGCUAUCGAUUUUCUCACCCUCUGUCAGCGCCUCAAGACAACGAAAAGAACUGGAUGGAUUCAGAGAAGAGUCAAGGAUCCGGAAUCCAUAGCAGAUCAUAUGUAUCGAAUGGGAAUAAUGGCGCUCAUUAGUUCGGAUAUUCCAGGCAUCGAUAGGGACAAGUGUAUAAAAAUGGCAAUUGUACAUGACAUUGCAGAAGCAAUUGUUGGUGAUAUCACCCCAUUUGAUGGGAUUUCCAAGUUGGAAAAGAAUAGAAGAGAACGAGAAGCAUUGGACCACAUGUGCAAAUUGCUUGGUGGUGGUCCAAGAGCCAAGGAAAUAGGUGAAUUGUGGAUGGAUUAUGAGAAUAAUAGUUCGCCAGAAGCUGAAAUUGUGAAGGAUCUUGAUAAGGUGGAGAUGAUUCUUCAAGCUUUAGAAUAUGAAAAUGAGCAAGGGAAGGAUUUGGAUGAGUUUUUUCAGUCAACUGCCGGAAAGUUUCAGACAGAGUUGGGACGAGCUUGGGCGUCUGAAAUAGUAUCAAGGAGAAGAAGGGAUGCUAAUGAUGGCACAACAGCCAAAUUCCCAGAGAAUUAACAUAUCAGUUUACAGCCAAAAUUCGAGGUUACAGUUUGUUGAAUUGCCAAAACUCUCAUCAAUGAUCCAUUGUUAGCUACUUUGUUAAAUUGCAAGAGACCAUAUUUGCAUCCUGCUCAAAGGCCUAAUAUAGGAACCAAAUAUUGAAAUUAUACUGGAAGAUGAAAGAUUAAAAACUACAUCAACUCUCAAGUAAUUCAAGGUACUUGGACUUUUCCCUCUCCUAACCACACUCAAGACAGAACACCUAGUUUGAGUAACAUUAUCUGAAGUCGAGAAAUAUUUGCUCAAGCCCGAGCACGUUGAUACAUAUUGCUUGAAUGGUUGUGUUUGGGAAAGUAAAGCCCUCAGUUUGGGUAGAUGUCAAUCUAAAGAGUAUUUCUCAA